AUGCGGACCCUCCCGGGUGCCCUUUGGAUGGCACUGUGGGGACUGGCGCGCCUUUGGGCCGGGGCCCAAGCGGGCUGCUCAGAAGUGGGGCGGUGCUGCCCUGGGCGCGACCCCACCUGCUUCGGCCGGGGCUGGAGGCUGGACAGGGUCUAUGGGACGUGCUAUUGUGACCAAGCGUGUCGGCUUACUGGGGACUGCUGCUUCGACUACUCCAGGGCGUGCCCAGCUCGCCCAUGCAUUGUGGGAGAAUGGAGUCCUUGGAGCAGUUGUACAGACCAGUGUAAACCUGCAAUACGUGUGCGGAGACGUUAUGUGCAGCAGGAACCUCAGAAUGGUGGGGAACCUUGCCCACACCUUGAAGAGAAAGCUGGCUGUCUGGAAUACACAACUUCCCAUGGACAGGAUUGUGGGCAUUCAUAUGUUCCUGCUUUUAUCACUACCUCUGCAUACAACAAGGAGAGAAAAAGACAGGUGGUAUCUCCACAGUGGUCUGCAGACACAGGGGAUGCUGGGUAUUGUAUGGAGUUCAAGACAGAAUCCUUGACUCAUUAUUGUGCUAUGGAAAAUCGUCCCCUGACCCGCUGGAUGCAGUACCUUCGCGAAGGUUAUACUGUGUGUGUAGAUUGUCAACCUCCAGCCAUGAAUACUGUGAAUCUACGUUGUUCUGGAGAUGGCCUGGAUUCUGAUGGAAAUCAGACUCUUCAUUGGCAAGCUAUUGGUAAUCCUCGAUGUCAAGGGACAUGGAAAAAAGUUCGGCGAGUGGACCAUUGCUCCUGUCCAGCUGUGCACAGUUUUAUUUUUAUUUAGAGCUUAAGCAGUUUUUUUAAAAAUUGUGAAUAUUUUUAAUAUCAUAAGGAACAUUAACACAUUUCACAAAUCUUAAAAAAUUAUCUACUAUGUGUGCUAAACAUUUAAUUGUCAUGCUUUGAAGAAAAUAAAGGAAUAACGAAGGGAAUUGUGGCAUAGAAUUCAGUUUCAAAGUAGGUGACUACCCCACAUGACUGCUAUGGUUUGGUGGAGCUGAGGUCUGUCUAUACCAGGUCACUUCCAUGGGAUUUCCUCAGUGGGAAGUCUAUAGGACAUACAUGAUGUACAUUUAUAUUGCAUUGAAGCUACUGUCCCAUAUCCAACAAG